AUGAACAUCUCGCAACCUAUCUCGUCCACCGUCGAGACGGUUGAAUUUACCUUUCUUACCGAGACGGAGAUCAGAGCAAUCUCGGUCAAGAGGAUCGAAAACGACAGCACAUUCGACAAUCUUCUGAACCCGGUCCCCGGAGGCCUCUAUGACCCAGCUCUUGGCUCCUGGGGUGACUCUAUCUGCUCGACAUGUAACCUCAAUCAAUCCUCCUGUCCGGGCCACGCGGGCCAUAUCGAGCUCCCAGUUCCAGUCUACCACCCCGUAUUCUUGGAUCAAGUCCUGCGGCUACUACGGGCGCAAUGCGUUUAUUGCAAAGGCCUCCGCCUCCGUCAACGCGACGUUCACCUGUACUCGUGCAAGCUGCGACUCCUACAGCAUGGUCUGCUCCAAGCUGCCCACCUGAUCGAUGCCGUCGGAGAGGAUUUCCAGGGCCUUCAGAUCCCUGGUGUGACCGAGACUGCCGAAGCGGAAGAGGAGGGCAGUGGUGCCGACAAUCUCAUCCGGGCCCGGGAGUUCUUCGUUAAGCGCCAACUUAAAGAACACAAAGCCACUGUCGGUGAUGUGCGUAAAGGAAAACACGAAGGUGCGCUGGAGAUUCGCAGAGAGCUCAUUAAGGAAUUUAUGGCUGCGAUUCCGAAGCCAAAGAAAUGCGACACUUGCGGAGGCAUCUCGCCUCCCUACAGGAAGGACGCCUUCGUCAAAAUCUUUGAGAAGCCUCUAUCCGAGCGAGAUGCCGCAAAGAUGGCGCAAACCAACCUUAGAAUCAGAGACGCCAUGACCGCAGCGACGCCAGUGUCCAAGACAAAAUGGAAUGGAUAUACAUCGGACGAGGCCAUUGCUGAUGUGGACUCCUCAGCAUCCGACGCUGACGGGGAUGUCAACAUGGCCGAACCCGACUCCGGCUCCAGCUCCGAAAGCGAGGGACAGGCUGCCAAGGUGUCUGGAGGCCAAACAAAAGCUUCUGCGCGCAGCCAACGAUACAUCACGGCCAUGGAAGUACGAGAGCGCUUGCGAGAGCUAUUCGACAAGGAGCAGGAGGUUCUGUCGCUUAUUUACAACUCAAAGCCUCUCAAGAAGAAGGCCGGAAAAGUUUCUGCGGACAUGUUCUUCCUACAGACGCUCCUGGUCCCUCCCAAUCGAUUCAGACCGGAGGCCCGUACAGGUGACUCGGAGAUCUCUGAAGCGCAACAGAACUCGCUGUACAAGCUAGUGCUCCGAAGCUGCGGGACGAUUGCCCGUGUCCACCAGAGCAUCGGUGGCGCGACGACCGAGCGACGUGCAAGGACAAUGACGGACUUGCACCAAGCGUGGACCGAUCUACAGAACGCUGUCAACUCACUGAUCGACAAAGAUAAAAACCCCGUGAUGGGUGCCGCCGCCAAGAGGAACGAAGAGGGCAUCAAACAGAAGCUGGAAAAGAAAGAAGGCCUCUUCCGCAAAAACAUGAUGGGCAAGCGUGUCAACUUCGCUGCUCGUAGUGUCAUUUCACCAGACCCCAAUAUCGAGACCAACGAGAUUGGUGUGCCUCCUGUCUUCGCACGGAAGCUGACGUUUCCCGAGCCCGUCACCAGUCACAAUUUCAGAGACAUGCAGCGAGCUGUAAUCAACGGCGUCGAUAAGUGGCCCGGCGCGGCAGCUAUCGAAUACGAAAACGGGCAGAUCACCAACCUCCGAGGCAAGUCGGCGGACGACCGAAUUUCCUUGGCCAACCAGCUUCUCGCGCCAACCGAUAGCAACAUGAGUAGUGUUAGGAACAAGAAGGUGUACCGACAUCUUACAAACGGAGAUGUCGUGCUCAUGAACCGUCAGCCGACAUUGCACAAGCCCUCCAUCAUGGGGCAUCGUGUACGUGUGCUGCCUGGGGAGAAGACGAUUCGAAUGCAUUAUGCCAACUGCAAUACAUACAAUGCCGACUUCGACGGAGACGAAAUGAACAUGCACUUUCCGCAAAACGAAGUGGCUCGCGCAGAGGCGCUGCAGAUUGCAGACACCGACCACCAGUACCUUUCAGGUACUGCCGGAAAACCACUUCGAGGUCUCAUUCAGGAUCACAUUUCAGUUUCGGUCUCUCUGUGUAGUAGGGACUCGUUCUUUACACGCGGUGAUUUCCAGCAGCUAGUUUAUGCCGCUCUUCGGCCCGAGAGCGGGCACAUUCUCGGCGAACGCCUCGAACUCGUCCCUCCUGCCAUCAUCAAACCAGUCCCAAGAUGGACGGGAAAGCAGGUCAUCACAACCAUUCUCAAGAACAUCAAACCACCGACUGGCGAGGGCAUCUGGAUGAGUGGCAAGACUCAGACACCCGCCGAUCGCUGGGGUAAAGGCUCUGAAGAGGGCAUAGUUCUUUUCCAGGACGGUCACUUCCUGCACGGCAUACUCGACAAGGCACACCUUGGUCCAAGCUCUGGCGGUCUCAUUCAUUCUGUUCACGAGGUGUAUGGCCCUGCUAUUGCUGGGAAGCUUCUUAGCAGUCUCGGCAGACUUCUUACGAGAUAUUUAAACAUGCGAGCCUUCACUUGCGGCAUGGAUGACUUGAGGCUCACACCCGAGGGAGAACAAACUCGACGAGACACGCUCAGGGAGGCCAGUGACAUUGGACUACAAGUCGCGACUAAGUAUGUCUCUCUCGGAGACAGCAACCCUACCAGCACGGAUGCUGAACUACUCAUCCGCCUCGAGGAGGUCAUGCGCGACGACAACAAGCAAGAAGGCUUGGAUAUGCUCAUGAACCAACGCAGCGGCGAGCUUUCACAGGCCAUCACAAAGGCCUGCCUUCCGAGUGGUCUGGUGAAGCAGUUUCCCAAAAACCAGAUGCAAGCCAUGACCGUGUCUGGAGCGAAGGGUGGACCAGUCAACGCGAACCUCAUCUCGUGCAACCUGGGGCAGCAGGUCUUGGAGGGCAGAAGAGUGCCAUUGAUGGUCAGUGGCAAGUCACUGCCCUGCUUCAAACCGUUUGACUCUAGUGUCCGGGCCGGCGGCUACAUUGUGCAGCGCUUCCUGACUGGGAUUCGGCCACAAGAGUACUACUUUCACCACAUGGCCGGACGCGAAGGUUUAAUUGACACUGCCGUCAAAACAUCUCGUUCCGGUUACCUCCAACGCUGCAUUAUCAAGGGCAUGGAAGGAUUGACAGUCUCCUACGACUCUACUGUCCGCGAUGCAGACGGCACGCUGAUUCAGUUCUUGUACGGUGAGGAUGGCCUGGAUCCCACCAAGCAAAAGUACUUGACAGAUUUCGGCUUCAUCCUCCGCAACAUCGAGUCAGAGUCGGCGCAGCUGGGCUUUAGCAGCGACUUCCGGGAGACGCUGGCCGGCAACAAGGACAAUAUCCUGAAACACAUGAAGAGCGCCAUCAAGUACGCCAAGGCGGGCAAGGUUGGAGGCAAGGACCCUGUCAUCUCCAUGGUCAACCCCGCCCGAGUUGCCUUUGCCACGUCGGAGAAGUUUUACGAGAGCAUGACAGAAUACAUCAAAGAGAACAAGGAUGGCCUAGUGCGCGAGAAGGGAGAGAAGCGCCCUGCUACGUCCUUCAUUCCCAGCGUGAGCAAGAAAUCUGCAGAGCUUGUGCUUGCCGCCAAGUACAUGCGGUCGCUGGUCGAAGCUGGCGAGGGUGUCGGCAUUGUGGCCGGCCAAAGUAUCGGUGAGCCAUCGACACAGAUGACUUUGAACACCUUCCACUUGGCUGGUCACUCCGCUAAGAACGUCACGCUUGGUAUCCCUCGCCUGCGAGAAAUUCUCAUGACUGCGAGCAAAACAAUAUCAACCCCGUCCAUGACGCUCUUCCCUAUCGCUGAACUCUCAGCGGCAGAGUGCGAGGUCUUCCAGAAGUCCAUCAGUGUGCUACCCCUGGCACACGUGCUCGAUGUGGCGUCUGUGAACGAGCGAGCCGGCAAGGGCAAGGACGGCUCGCUGCACCGACUUUACGAUGUUCGUCUCGAGUUCUUCCCAUCCGAAGAGUACACCAAGGCAUAUGCUAUCGAGGCAGCAGAUGUGCUGGCUGCUGUCGAGAAGAAGUUCUUGGGCCAUCUGCUCAAGAUGAUGCUCAAAGAAAUCAGGAAGAAGACGAUGAUGUCGAGUGCAGCAACACCAGUCGUGGGCAGCAAGGCUGGCGCGGUCGAGAUGGUGACCGGCUCAGGAGCACGCCCCGCCCCGCGUGACGAGGACGAGGAUGAGGAUGACGCAACCAACGCCAAGCAGCGUGCCAACCGCUCUGAGGCUAUUUCGUACGGACCUAACGACGACGACGAUGACGCUGUGCAAAACCAGAUGGAUCGCGAGGCAUCCCCUGACGAGGAUGAAGGCUUUGGAGGAAGCCCUCCUCCGGCUGGUGCGAGACGCAGCAGCGGCAACAACGACGACGACGACGACAAUGGACAAUCUUCCGAGGACGAAGACAGCGGCAGGGCUGAGCGUGUGAAGGAGCGCCAUGCUCAUGUGACAAGAUUCCGCAGUGACGAAGUGUCGGGCAAGUGGUGCGAGUUCACGCUCGAAUUCGAUGCCAAUACACCCAAGCUGCUUCUACUCGACAUUGUACAGGCUGCUGUCAAGAAGACCGUUGUGCAAGAGCUGCCCGGUGUGGGAGCUUGUACACUUGUCUUCGACCACAAGGUCACCGAUCCGGAGACGGGCAAGGAGAAAGAUGUGCCAGCGAUCCAUACGUCUGGCGCCAAUCUCCGGAUCAUGCAGAAGUACAGCGACUAUAUCAACCCGAACAAGACGACGACGAACGACAUUGCUGCAGUUUUGGACGUGUACGGUGUGGAAGCUUGCCGCAGCAACAUCGUGCUCGAGCUCGGCAAUGUAUUCGGAGGUCACGGCAUCUCUGUUGAUAAUCGCCAUCUCAACCUCAUUGCCGACUACAUGACGAGAAAUGGUGGCUACACGCCUUUCAACCGCAAUGGGCUCCGCGGUAAUGUCAGCCCGUUCACCAAGAUGAGCUUCGAGACUACGCUGGCUUUCCUCAAGGACGCUGUGUUGGAUGGCGACUGGGACGAUCUGACGACGCCCAGUAGCCGUCUUGUCAUGGGACGUCUGGGCAAGACAGGAACGGGGGCCUUCGAUGUGUUGACGAAGCUGCCGACGCGGCACUCGAUUUCUGCGGCAGAAUGA